AUAAACUCAUUCAAAAUUAUCACCUUCGUUCAGUUUUGUAGUAUUUUCUUCUUAAAUAUAGGUUGUAGGCAUUAUUUAGGGGUACUCUUUGAAAAGAACGAAAUACUUGGAACAAUGGGAAAUAAAUUUGCCAAGAUUUCUGAUCUACAGGAUGCUUCGAUACCCAUUUAUUUGUAAAACCUAUAAAGAAUUUUUUUCAUGCUGGACAGAAUCUGCCAUAUUUUAUUUAGGUGGCUGGCAAAGAAAUAUACAUGCUACAGCAGGAAGAUGCAAUGAAUCUGAAGGCCAGAAACAAACAGAUCAAACUGGAGCUAGAGAUUCUGAAGCUGUGACUCAAUUGCAUAUUCCAGUAAUGGUGGAUGAAGUUGUUCGUUGUUUGGCACCACAAAAGGGACAGGUAUUUCUCGAUAUGACGUUUGGUUCAGGAGGACACACGAAAGCCAUUCUACAGAAAGAAUCAGAUAUUACUCUGUAUGUUUUAGACAGAGACCCAGUAGCUUAUGCAAUAGCUGAACAGCUUUCAGAAUCAUAUCCUAAACAGAUCCGAACUAUGUUGGGCCAGUUCAGCCAGGCAGAAGACCUAUUAAUGACAGCUGGAGUACAGCCAGGAACUUUGGAUGGAGUUCUUUUGGAUCUUGGGUGUUCCUCUAUGCAACUUGAUGAUCCUGAAAGAGGUUUUUCCCUUCGGAAGGAUGGUCCUUUGGACAUGAGAAUGGAUGGUGGCAGGUACCCUGACAUGCCCACUGCAGCCGAUGUUGUGAAUGCUUUAGAUCACCAGGCUCUUACAUCCAUCCUAAGAACAUAUGGGGAGGAGAAGCAUGCUAAGAAAAUCGCUUCAGCAAUCAUUCAGGCACGCAGCAUCUACCCCAUCACUAGAACCCAGCAGCUUGCCAGCAUUGUUGCAGGUGCAUUUCCUCCUUCUGCCGUUUAUGCUCGAAAAGACUUGUUACAACGAUCUACCCAUAUUGCUACUAAAACUUUCCAAGCAUUUCGCAUAUUUGUGAACAAUGAGCUCAACGAACUCUACACAGGACUGAAGACAGCUCAGAAGUUCCUGAGACCUGGUGGUCGACUUGUUGCCCUUUCCUUCCAUUCACUGGAGGAUCGCAUUGUCAAACGAUUCUUACUAGGUAUAAACAUGGCAGAAAAGUUUAAUCUAAGUGCUAGACAGAAGGUGAAACAAGCAUCACAGUUGGAUUUGGAUCAUGAAAACAGCGAAGAAGUCUGUAUGGGAAGGGCCCCUCUACUGUGGGAAUUGAUACACAAGAAGGUACUUACUCCAGAAGAUCAAGAUGUACAGGAUAACCCCAGAGGGCGUUCAGCCAAGCUUAGAGCAGCUAUCAAAUUAUGAGAAAGUUGCAAUCCGAUCUUUCACAGUUUUCCUUAUAGUUUCUCUUAACUUGUUCACAUGAUGUUCCUGAACAAAUGAAUAUAUGUUCUAUAUGUGCCUAUAAUUUGAGAGUUUUUUGAGUUUCUCUUAAAGAGAAAUAAUGGCAUGAUGCAGAAAGUUCAUUCCAAGGACAGUCAUAUGUCAAAUAUGGAACCAUAUGUUUAGCUAAGCAUUAUAUUUGACCUUUGAAAUGUACUUUUUUUAUUUAAUCAGGGAAGCCUUUUUAAAUACUACGUUUUUUUUCUUUAAAUAUACAAACUCAAGUUGUUUGGAGAGAGAUUAAAGUCAUAUCUGCAUGCCCUAAAUUCUGGAUUUAGAUAGUCUCAUUUACAACAGAGUUUCUGUGGCUUAAAUAAUUAAUAAUGAUCAUGGAAUUUUAAUUUCCCUACUUGGAAUUGAUUGCGACUAUAGCUUUCUCAAAUAUAGAUAUGCAAAUUUUAAUUUUCAAGUGUUAUUUUAAAAAUGUAUCAUAUUCAUAAAUUCAUAUUUUAAAGGAACUUUUCAGAAUGACAUGUGAUUGUUUCCAUAUAUUCCACAGUUAAAAUGUAUAAUUUCUCUAAGAGUACACCCAAGGAAUAUUUCUUAAAAUUUGUGCUUUGUGUUCAUUUUAAUUAUAGUCCAGAUGCCUUUAAUAAAGAAUUAAUUCUCUUUAUUUGAAUUCUGCAUAUUUAUUGAACGAUUCAAACUUUUUUGAC